AUGACGGUAGCUCAGCGCUGGCACAGGUCGGGUCCCCGGUGCUGCCGCUGCCCUGCCCGUGUGACACCUCGGAGGGACGGUGAUUGUGUAGCUCACUGUUCUCGCCUCACCGUGUCUGUGGUCUGGAUUCCAGCACUUUUCAGUAGAGAGAUGAACCUCAACGCAGGGAAUUUAUCCAUAGCAGUAGUUAAGAAGGCAGAGCUGUCACUCUUUAGAGCCUUAUGGCUUGUUAUUGCAGUUGGUCUAGUCCGAGCAUAUCUGGCUAAAGGUAGCUACCAUAGCCUUUACUAUUCAAUAGAAAAGCCUCUGAAAUUCUUCCAAACCGGAGCUUUGCUGGAGAUUCUGCACUGUGCAUUUGGCAUUGUUCCCUCUUCUGUUGUUCUGACUGCUUUCCAAGUGAUGUCAAGGGUUUUCCUGACGUGGGCAGUAACGCAUAGUGUAAAAGAGGUACAAAGUGAAGAUAGUGUCCUGUUGUUUGUGGUGGCCUGGACAAUCACUGAGAUAAUCCGUUAUUCUUUUUAUACAUUUAGCUUGUUAAACCAUCUCCCUUAUCUCAUCAAAUGGGCCAGGUACACGUUGUUUAUAGUAUUGUAUCCAAUGGGAGUCUCGGGUGAAUUACUCACAAUAUAUGCUGCAUUACCCUUUGUCAGACAGUCUGGCUUGUAUUCCAUUAGUUUACCUAACAAGUACAACUUUUCGUUUGACUACUAUACAUUCUUGAUCCUGGUUAUGAUCUCUUACAUUCCAAUCUUUCCUCAGCUGUAUUUUCAUAUGCUACAUCAGAGGCGAAAGGUACUCUCGCACACUGAAGAACACAAGAAAUUGGAGUGAUUCCAGCUCUUUUUCAGAACUUUUCAAACAUCAAAAAUGCUGCAGAUUUUCAAUACCUAGCACAUUUAUAAAGAAUAUACCAGGAUAAAAUAAGUCAAAGGUAAAAGACCAAUAAUUUGGUAAGAAUGACCAGUAAAUCUGAUUUCACUGAAAUUCCAUAAUAUAAAACAUUGAAAUAAUUUUCAGCUUGCAGUGCUUCAGAAAACUUUUAAACUUAAUAUGGCUUGGCAGUUAGCCCUUUCCUUUUCCUUAAAUGAUAUGCUAAAUGAUUUUCAUUUAUUACUAAAUGCCUGAAGGUUGCAGUAUGAGUGAUGAAGUUGUACCCACUAAAUGCUUGAAUUGGGAUUAUAUUACUGAUACCUCUUUUUUUAAGUGCUUGACUGCAUGCCAGAAACUGUAUGUAUUGCUGUGAAAGGAAACAAUGUGCUCUGAGAUACUUUAGUAUUUUGUCAGAGACUUCAGUGGACAAUGUAAUCCAGGCAAAGUGUUUGAAUUUAGAAAGGUAGGUUGUGUUCUUAAAAGACUAAGAACAAGAACAGGAAACCAGUUAUGGGAAAUGAGGGGAAUAUGGUUCUUUAGGAAUUUAAACAGUAGGGUGUCUGACCAAAGUGUGUUCU